AUGAACAAGCCCUUCGAUCGCAAACAACCCCCAUCGAUUGCGACUGGCUAUCGAUUCAAGACUAUGGCAGGGAGGGGGAACAGCAAGAAGCGACGCAUGUCGUCACCCACCUCCUCAACUACAAAUGCCCCUGCUAGGUCCAAGCAACGAUCGAAAAAGAACAGGACUCAUGACGUGAUUGAUUUGGCUAAGUCCGAUGAGGGAACGAGCCCUAGUACUAGCGACCGAGACGACGGGUCUCCUGAAAGCACUCAGGCUUCCAACACCAAGGAACUCACUGAUGAACAAGAGCUGAGACACCCACUGGUGUCCUACAAGGUCGACAACUGGACGGCGAGGUUGUACAACCUCCUCGCCGGCCAGGAGGGAAUCUUACUGGUUGACGAGGUGGUACAUCCUGGCCGGCAAGGCUGUACCACCUUGUCGACCAGGAGGGAAUCCUCCUGGCUGGCGAGGUGGGGGUUGAUAAGCGCACGCCAGGCGCAGAUUGGCUUGCAGGCCCACACGCCAAAGAAUUUUGGCGUGCGGCCUUGCACGCCAAUCUGCUGCAGGCCUCCCCGUUCAACUCCCAAACGCACCGGACAAGCCUGCAAUCAGUCUAACACUCAAAGCUUGGUGACACGGCAAACUCAUCCCACUGACUCUCAGAAUUCAGCACUACCCGACUCACAACAGGGGGUUUACACUGCUUCAAAUGAAACUCAAACCCAAGAAUCAGGUACCAUUGCCUCGCAAAGUCAGCAGAACACAACCCAAACUCAGCCUGAGGGAAGCCCGGAAAAGGACAAGAACAAGAACCUCUUCUGGACAGCUGGAAUGGAACGAAGUGCGCUCGAGAUGUACGUUAAAGCGGUCAAGGAGGGAAAGCGUGGCGAAGCUGGAUUUAAGCCUGAGGUACACCAGACAGUCACUACCGAGCUCGCAAAGGAGUUUCCUGGCAUCGAUUUCACUGUUGCAAAAGUCAAAUCAAAGUUCAACCAGACCUUCAAGAAGGUCUGGGAUGCUUUUAUUGCUUGCAAAGGGGCGAGUGGGUUUGGGUGGAAUGAGGCCGAAUGCAUGGUCACAGCUUCAGAGGAAGUCUGGAAUGCAUUCUUAGUCUCACACCCUAACGCCAAGCAAUUCAAGAACACUCCCUUCCCCAAGUAUAGCGAAUACCAGGUGAUCUUUGAGGGGAACUCAGCUACAGGUGCUUUGCGCCGAUCGUCGAAUAACACUCGCGUUGAACCAGAAGAGGUGCAAGAAGCCGACGGCAAUGGCCACUUAGAUUCAAGUCAAACACCUGCUCAGCGUCCUGGGGUUCGAGCUCCUCGCCAACAUCGAGUCACAUCUGGCAAUCGAUUUGAAAACUCGAUUGAUCGAAUUGUCGAUGCCUUUGUUUCAUCCAACCAAGAUCUAGAGACCAACCCCCCGGAGGCCUCUGCAAUACACAAAGCGAUCGAAAAGUUUCAAGAUCACUUUGCCACUGAUCUUGGCAUGGACAAGCUGGUUGCCGGAUUUGGAGUGUUAGAAAACGAAGCAAAGGCAAAAAUCUUUUUAGCUAUUUGA